AUGGGGCAUACAGAUUUUGAUGGGAUGGCCUUUUACCACAACAGAAUCUCCUCCCUUCAAAAUACACAAUCUCUAUCGGAAGCUUCCCUUUCUCAAAUCCCAAUACCUCCUCAAAAUCCACAUAUGUGCCAUCAAAGGCUCCCCACCACUACAUUAAGUACAUGGUCUCAUCAAAGUUUUCUGCUAUCAGUCUCUGAUAAAUUAUUCUAUUUUCUUUUGGAAUUUUCUCCUCUCUUUUCUUCUGUCUUCCCUCUUUUUUUGUUUCUUUUUCUGUCUAAUAUCUUUUCUUCCCUUUUUCAUUCUAAAUUCAUUUGUUCUUCAUGUUUUUUUCCACUUUUCUUGUUUUCAUCCAUUUUGCCAUUUCAAUCUAUUUUUUCAAUAACUUUCUUUUUUUCAUAUUCACUUUCUCACCUUUUCUAUAAUUUUUAUCUUUUCUCUUUUUCACUUUCUUUUUAUCCUCUCUCUCUCUCUCCUUUUCUCUUAUUCUUUGUCUUUCUCCUUUUCUCUUAUUCUUUGUCUCUCUCUCUUUUUCUCUUAUUCUUUGUCUCUCUCCUUUUCUUUAUUCUUUGUCUCUCUCUUUUUUUUGUCUCUUCUUUUUCUCUUAUUCUUUGUCUCUCUUUUUUUCUCUUUUGUCUCUCUCCUUUUCUCUUAUUCUUUGUCUCUCUCUCUUUUCUCUUAUUCUUUGUCUCUCUCUCUUUUUCUCUUAUUCUUUGUCUCUCUCUCUUUUUCUCUUAUUCUUUGUCUCUCUCCUUUUCUCUUAUUCUUUGUCUCUCUCCUUUUCUCUUAUUCUUUGUCUCUCUCUCUUUUUCUCUUAUUCUUUGUCUCUCUCUCCUUUUCUCUUAUUCUUUGUCUCUCUCUCUUUUUCUCUUAUUCUUUGUCUCUCUCUCUUUUUCUCUUAUUCUUUGUCUUCUCUUUCUCUCUUUGUCUCUCUUUUUCUCUUAUUCUUUGUCUCUCUCUUUUUUCUCUUAUUCUUUGUCUCUCUCUUUUCUCUUUAUUCUUUGUCUCUCUCUCUUUUCUCUUAUUCUUUGUCUCUCUCUUUCUUUUCUUUGUCUCUUAUUUUUCUUUGUCUCUCUCUCUUUUUCUCUUAUUCUUUGUCUCUCUCUCUUUUUCUCUUAUUCUUUGUCUCUCUCCUUUUAUUUUUGUCAUAUUUUGUAUUCCAGACCUUUGGUGUGGGGAGGGGAGUUCCUUUUCCCUUAUUUCUUUUCAAUGAUUUUUAUUAUAUAUUUAACUUAUUUUUCAUUUAAUCUUUUUCUUCCCUUUUUCUGCUUUCUCUCUUCAUCUUUAUUUCAUUGUCUACCUCAUCUCUCUCUCUCUCUCUCUCUCUCUCUCUCACUCUCAAAAUUCCCUCUCUUUUUUUUUCAUCACACAUGCUGA